AUGAGACUGAAACUUAGCAUGAAGGAUGGAUCUUUAGAAGUUUACGGAUUGAGCCAACUGUAUAGGGUAGCAGGUGAAGUACAAAUUUUGCUGAAAAGAAGUCUAGCUAACGGAUGUGGCAAGGGAAUAGAGAUUCAUAACUGUAAAAUGAUGAAUAAAGAUUGGGAUGCAGUAAAGAAGUUCGUAGAGUUGGCUCAUGAGAAACUUGGAAAUCCUUUUAAGUUUAGUUGUCCUUGUGUGGAUUGUAAGAAUCUUGCUACACCACUUCCUCCUGGUAUAAUACAUAUGCACUUGCUAAAACGGGGUAUGGAUCCUACUUACACUGAGUGGGUUUUUCACGGGGAGAAGGUUAGCAAUUUUAAUAAUGUUCGUGAAGAGGGAGCAACACGUCAACGUACUUUUUACCAGAUGUGGACAUAUGCUAAUGUUAAAGGCGAUGUCGAGCCAUGGAAAGGGGUUUGUGAACCUAGGCAGGACGAAGGGUUGCCAAACCACGACGAAAGGUUGCUGAACGAGAUUGAAGAGGAUGACUUCCCUUUAUACCCUGUUUGUACUACACACACGAAGCUAUCUAUGACUACUGAGUUGUAUAGGCAGAAGACAGUAAAUGGUUUAUCUCGAAGGGCUUUUGACGAUCUUCUCAAGACAUUUGGUUCUGUGUUGCCCCCAGGUCAUUGUCUUCCUAAAUCAACUUAUGAAGUGAAGAAGUUGUUGAAAUCUUUCCAGCUCACUUAUGAGAAAAUACAUGCAUGUCAGAAUGAUUGUUGUUUGUUUAGAAAUGAUUUGAAAGACGCAGAUGAAUGUCCUAAAUGUCACUAUUCUAGGUGGAGGGAAGACACAUCUAACAUGGACGAUGCUGACAUGAUAGACGAGCCCAAAAAGAAGAUAUCGGUGAAGGUGCUUAGAUACUUCCCCAUUGUGCCGAGAUUAAGGAGAUUGUAUAAAUCAGCAGAGUUAGCUCAGCAGUUGAUAUGGCACGCAACUAAUAAGAGUAAAGAUGGGAAGAUGCGUCAUCCAACGGAUUCUUUGGCUUGGAAGCACAUAGACACAAAGUUCCCAGAGUUUUCUUCAGAACCGCGUGAUUUGCGUCUUGGGCUUGCUGCUGAUGGAUUUAAUCCUUUUGGCGAUCUUUCCGCGUCCCACAGUUGUUGGCCGGUGUUGCUUGUGUUAUAUAAUCUUCCCCCUCAGCUGUGUAUGCAAGGCGACAAUAUUGUUUUAAGAUUGCUGAUUCCAGGAAAGAAACAACCAGGUAGAGACAUCGAUAUAUAUUUGCAACCACUGAUUGAUGAUCUGGUUAAGUUGUGGAAUGACGGGGUCGAGGUUUAUGAUUCGUAUAGUAAGACAAUUUUCAACUUGAAGGCAUUAUUGAUGUGGACGAUAAACGAUUUUCCUGCUUAUGGUAACCUAUCUAGAUGUACGUAUAAAGGGAAGGCAUCCUGCCCUAUUUGUGGUGAUAAUACUCUUUCAAACUAUUUGUCGUUUAGUCGUAAAACUGUUUACAUGAAUCAUAGGAGAUUUCUACCUCAUAAUCAUUCUCUUCGAUCGAGUAAGAAGAAAGCAUGUUUUAAUGGAGAGAUUGAGAGGAAGGAAAAGCCACCUACUAUGUCUGGUGCAGAGGCUUUUCAACGUCAGAGCAGUAUUGUGAAUGACUUUGGAAAAGCGAAGCAGAACGAGGCGGAGAAAAGGAAAAAUAAAGAGGCAGUUGCUACUGAUGCCGAUACGAGUGCUGCUGCUGGUUCUGGUGCACAAGAUCAUGACCAUCCGAUAUUCAACAAACUGUCGAUAUUUUUCGACUUGACUUACUGGAAGAUGUACUUCCCUCCAUCAUUUUUUGAUGUGAUGAUACACUUGACAAUUCACCUAGCUCGAGAAGUGAGUUUAUGUGGACUCGUACAAUAUCGUUGGAUGUAUCCAUUUGAAAGGUAUAAAAAGAUAUUCAAAGAAUACGUAAAAAAUUACGCACAACCUGAAGCAUGUAUAACAGAGUGUUACUUGGGAAUGGAGUGCGUCAGGUAUUUAGAUGUUCAUACGGACAAAGCAGAUGAAGGAGAAGUAAAUCAAAUACGUAAUGAAAACAUUCAACACGAUUCCACACCGGCAGGGCGUCCUCUUUCUAAAGGUGUUCAAGUGUAUAUUGGUAGUGAUAUGCUGAAGAUCGCCCAUAGAUAUGUGCUUUUUAACACAACAACAAUUGACCCAUAUAAAACAAUGCACAUGGAUGAGUUAAGAUCCUCCCAUACUGACAGUGAAGACCAACUCCUUUCCAUACACUCAGACACAUUUGCAGGUUGGAUACGCAAAAAGGUUCAAAUGCAAAUUAGUCGAGGCAUAUCUGUAUCAAGUACAAUACAGUGGUUGGCAUAUGGUCCUUUAGAAAAAUGUGUCUCAUAUAAAGGCUUGCAAAUAAAUGGGUCAAGGUUUAUCACGAAGGAUAUUCGAAGAGUCGCACAAAACAGUGGUGUUUCAAUUGAGUCAAAAUCUUUAGUUGCAGCAUCACAAAUAAGUAGUGGUUUUUAUGGUGUUUUAGAACAAAUUCUUGUGUUGGACUACCAGCAUAUGUUUCAAAUUCCCAUAUUCAAAUGUGACUGGGCUCACACCUAUUUUGGUGUCAAGCAAGAAAAAGGCUUUACAUUAUUCAACUUACGUCAGUAUAAGAACCAAUAUCAGAAUGAUCCAUUCAUUUUAGUGUCACAAGCCCGACAAGUUUUCUAUUCUCGAGAGUCAGAUUCGUCUAAUUGGUUUGUGAUGUUGAAACCACCACCUAGGGGUUUCCAUGAAUUAGAGCAAUACAAUGAACAUGAAGACACAAUAUGCCUACCAGUGGAUCCUUCAAAUCUUGACUUACAAAUGGAUGACAAGCCCGAGACUUAUGUAAGAACUGAUGUUGAACCUAUAUUAGUGGUUCCCGAAAAAAGAAAAACAGGAAGAAUAAGAAAACGAAAAAGAAGUGCCACUGAUGGUGGGUUUAAUUACUCUUUUCAUUUCCACUGA